AUGCAUGGCAUUGAGUAUGUGAAUUCGUGCUCUAGCACUGAAGCAAUAAAUAAGAAUAUAAUCCGGAAAAACAGUAACAUACCGCCUGUGCGGAAAUCAUUCCGAAAGAUUAAAACUCAGGAUACUGCUCCAACAUUAUCCACUAACAGCGGGAAGAAUAAGACAUCUUGUUCAUCAACCAAAGUACCAACCAGUGCUUUUUGCCGCCUGCCAUCAGAAUCACAUACUUGGAUGGCAACCACGGUACAGCAUGCACCAAUGACUGCUCCUUCAUCUUCCAACUCCCACCAUCAUGCCAGUGCUGGUGGUAAUGGUUCGCGUACUGGUACGCAAAUAUCCUCUCAUCAUGGAGCUCACCCAAGUUCAAGCUCUCAUCACGGUACCAGUGGUGGAUUUCAUGGAAAUCAUCGUUCUUCAAAUCUGAAUACAACGCGUGUGCAGAGCAGGUCGCGAACCACUGAUGACCCACAUAUUGGAAAAUAUAAGUUGCUCAAAACGAUUGGCAAAGGAAAUUUUGCCAAAGUUAAACUAGCCAAGCACAUUCCUACGGGUAUUGAGGUUGCGAUUAAGAUAAUCGACAAAACUGCUCUCAAUCCAGGCAGUCUACACAAGCUGUUCCGAGAAGUAAAAAUAAUGAAACAAUUGGAUCAUCCAAACAUUGUGAAACUUUACCAAGUGAUGGAAACUGAAAAUACAUUAUACCUUGUAAUGGAAUAUGCGAGUGGUGGAGAGGUAUUCGAUUACUUGGUAGCUCACGGUAGGAUGAAAGAGAAGGAAGCAAGGGCUAAAUUUCGACAAAUUGUGUCCGCUGUACAAUACCUACACCAAAAAAAAAUCAUACAUAGGGAUUUGAAGGCGGAAAAUUUGCUACUCGAUUCUGAUAUGAAUAUCAAAAUAGCUGAUUUUGGAUUCAGCAAUCAGUUUGUAAUAGGUAAUAAAUUGGAUACAUUCUGUGGUAGUCCGCCUUACGCAGCUCCGGAACUGUUUCAGGGAAAGAAAUAUGAUGGACCAGAAGUGGAUGUUUGGAGUUUAGGAGUUAUUUUAUACACUCUUGUCUCUGGUAGUCUACCUUUUGAUGGGCAAAAUUUGAAGGAAUUAAGAGAAAGGGUGCUGAGAGGAAAAUAUCGAAUUCCAUUUUACAUGUCAACCGACUGUGAAAAUCUUCUUAAGAAGUUCCUUGUACUAAAUCCAGCUCGUAGAGGAACAUUGGAAGCAAUCAUGAAAGAUAGGUGGAUGAAUAUAGGUUAUGAAGAUGACGAAUUGAAACCAUAUAUCGAACCACCGAAGGACGUUAAAGAUGAAAAUCGAAUAGCCAUUAUCCAGCAAAUGGGUUACAGUCGUAAUGCAAUAAUGGUAUCACUGGACAAAGGUAGUUUCGAUGAUCUUCAUGCCAUAUACAUUUUGCUGGGAGAAAAAAAACGCGAGCUUGACGGAGAAGCUGUCCUAAAUGCUCAAUUGAAUCCCGCAUCAGCACAAAGUGUUGCUCAUGGAAUAACGCAAGGUCAAAGUCCGCAUACUCAACCACCCGCUUCUACUGGUUUUGCUAUGACCCAGAAAUUUGUGCCUCGUUCAACAUCAGCCCAAGUACCAUCAAUAAAGACACGGCGUGGAUCACAGGAGCAAACAAUUACACCAGCUGCUCAACUUCCAACAACACUUUUACCGUCGGAAAUUCAUGUCACAACAUCACCUGGAACACAACGAGUCAUAUCUGGUGUAGCACCGGUUACAAUGCGACAUGUUGUUGGUCCACCAGGUGGUCGGCAAGCGCUUAGUAUGCAACCAGGUCAUAUAAUGCCCAACUAUCCUUCAAAUGUAAUGCAAGCCGUCGGAAGUGGUGUACAAGCUGCUGCUGUUUCUGGGUUUAGGAAGGCUUCCGUUCCGGCACGAACACCGCUAUCUAAUUUAGGGGCGAGAGGAAUCUUGCCAACGGGACCACGAUUUGUGUAUCCGACAAUUGAUACGAAAGGUUUACCUAAGAGUAUUACUGGAUCUUCGUCUGCUCGUGGUACUUCGAGUUCGCCAUUUUCUUCAAAUUCUGCGCAGCAGAAGAUCACAUCGCUACAGAAAAGCGGCUCUAUUUCGGCAACGCCAAAUGAGCCGUCGAUUAAGGAGGAUGACAAUGAAAACGGUGAACUGUUCGCUACUAAUGGCGAUAACGGGAAAGCUGAACUAGCAGUUACAGCGCAUGCAACUACUGAUAAAGGUGUCGAUACUGGUCGUUACGCUGGUAGUGAUGCCGAUGAUGGAGAUUCUACCGCGAUAUCACGGCAGCAGUCACCUGCAUUAACACUUGGUCCAACAAUAGAGCAGCCGGAAAAAAAAGAGGAAAAGCUUCAUCAAAGCGCAUCUGCACAAGCAGUUAUCAAAAAUUUAGCUAUUAACGAAACAUCACCAUCUGCGUUGUUGCCACAUUCACAGAAUAAUAGCCCAAAGUUGACCAAAUCUGCAACUGGCACUGCUCUGAAUCCUGUUGUGGUGACAGCACCUUCCUUAGACGCACAAACUAUACCAUCAACCGCAGUGUUAAGUACACAUGGUACAGCAAUACAAAAUGCUGCCUUUCCUAGACAUACUCGUAACAGGCAAACUUUUCAUGGGAAAACGGAGCACAACAAGGGAAGUUUGGAUGAUGAUGUUGAAACGGAGGUAGUACAUGGUGCUAAUACAGCAGGCAACGGUGGUCCACGUGGAUCAUUCCUUUCCAAACUAUCCAAGCUUACUCGCCGGUUAGUAGUUCCAUUUCAGCCAGAUGCUGAUCUAAAUUUUGUUCAAAACAUGAGCACUUCCUAUGUAAACGAUUUCUGA